UAUGUGGCCUCCCACUGCCAACUGUAAAAAGAGGAAGCACACUUUGAACAGCAGUUUUUUAUUAAACGCGCUUGAACUUUCCUGAGUUGUGUGGAGCUUGCAUACUGUAAACGAUUUAUAUCACCUCUGAAGUGACAAUGGAGAGCAGCGCAGGGACGGUUUCAGCAAUUAAAGCUCUCGGGUACCCGGGCAGCCGCUGCCUCUCUCGGUGUGAAUGUGAUGAACUCCCCUGCCCGCUGCUCACCUGGCUGACUGCAGAGCUGAGCACUCUGUGUCCGGAGCUGCAAGAUUCAAACAGGACAGGAGAUGUCUUGCUGGUGGGAGAGUUGAGAACUUUACUGUCAGACAUUGUGUCUCCGCUCACUGUGCUGGCCUCAGACGUGAUGGGGCCGUCCAUCCUCAACACAGUCACUGAGUCCCUUGUGUCAGAAUUGCAAGCAGCUCAAAUAUUGAAGCACAAAGAAUUGCAUCCAGAGGACAAACCCACAGAAGAGGAGUCUGAAAAAGAGCAGCGAGUUGAAGUAGGAUUGACUGAGUUUUCUGAGGAAUAUGAAGAGGAUGCUGACAAAGACAGAAGGGAGGCAGAAAUGCAGGCAGAGUGGAUAUUACUGCUGCACGCCCUCAACAUGGAUUCCUCCUGUCAAUUUACAGAUGUGUUGAGUGAGGUGGAGGCGAGGCUCACUCGUCUACCUUGUGGAGAAAUGACAGCACCGCUUCUCAACAGCAGCCUCAGCUCAGAGCAGUGGGUGCAAGUAAAAAAGAUCAAUCAAAUUCUGUCAGGGGACUAUCAGUGUCGACGCCAAAUGAUGAUCAAACGCUUUCAGGUUACUCUCGAGUCGUUUACAUGGGGAGACAAACAAAAGGAGAAAGUUGAAGCGCUGGCCUCAGUGCCUCCUCUUUCGUCGCUCAGCGGCUCCUCUCAGGUGUCCCCGUCUCUUCUGAUGGCCACCAGAGAAGAUCAGUCCUUCAUUGAGAUAAUCAAGUCUGCAACAAGCACACUCGUCUACAAGACGUUGAUGGGCAGUGUUCCAGACAGAGGUGGACGACCAGGAGAAAUUGAGCCACCAAUGCCAGCGUGGGAAGGUCGUAGAGCGAAAGGACGGGGAGGUGGACCGAAUCAACAAAGAUUUUCAGAUAAAAAGAAAAAAGGGAAAUAACAGUGACAUGUAUUUUUCUUACUGCCUAAUUGGAGAAAUAAGUAAUUAUCUUUCUUUCUUUAAAUAUUUGUAUUAAAUGAAAUAUGGCUGUGAAUGCUGCAUUUGAUAUACUUUUGUAUUUAGAAAAGGUUUGCCUAAUUCUAUUCUAUUUGUAGUAUUAUACAAACCUGACUAUGUGCUUUUUUAUAAUAACUUCCUAUUGCUACAAUUGGUUUCCAACCACAUACUUUUGUUGUGCAAAAAUAAUUAGAUUCUUUAUAUGUUUCCUUCGCACAUUAAUAUAUAGGUUUGUUUGCCCAAAAAUAAACCUACUAUGCACACAUG